CAGCAAUAGACACCAGGCACUGCCUUAAAGCAUUCACCAACCUCUUUUCUCUCUUCUUCUCCCACGUCUUUUCAACCCUCCUUCCUAUAAAUAUUUACCUCUACAUCAAUUAAAGCUUUAGGAUCGGUGCGUCAUAUUAUCUUCAUUUACUUUAUUUUUCUGUGUCUACACUCAUUAUAUCCCAGAACUAAGUAAAAUAAAAAGGAUGAGUGAAUCGACUGAAGCUCCACGCCCCCGUCUAAAUGAGAGGAUCCUAUCGGCUAUGUCAAAGAGAUCGGUAGCUGCACAUCCAUGGCAUGAUCUUGAGAUUGGAUCUGAAGCUCCAACCGUUUUCAAUUGUGUUGUGGAGAUAUCGAAAGGCAGUAAGGUGAAAUAUGAACUUGACAAAAAGACCGGAAUGAUUAAGGUUGAUCGGAUUUUGUAUUCCUCGGUAGUCUAUCCUCACAAUUAUGGUUUCAUCCCUCGCACGCUAUGCGAAGACAAUGAUCCCAUGGAUUGUUUGGUUAUCAUGCAGGAGCCAGUUCUUCCUGGAUGUUUUCUGCGAGCCAGAGCCCUUGGACUGAUGCCCAUGAUUGACCAGGGGGAGAAAGAUGAUAAGAUCAUUGCAGUUUGUGCAGAUGAUCCAGAAUACAAACAUUUCACCGAUAUCAAAGAUCUUCCCCCUCAUCGCCUUACCGAGAUCCGCCGUUUCUUUGAAGAUUACAAGAAAAAUGAGAACAAGGAGGUUGCAGUCAAUGAUAUUUUACCUGUAAACACAGCUAUUGAAGCCAUCCAGUAUUCAAUGUAUGCCUCUUCCUUAAAAGAAUGCCAUCAUAGAAGGGAAUUCCUAAGUCUAAAUCUGAUGGACAGUCCCCUUGCUCUACAAUUAUUAGUCAGUGUUGUUCUUUUUGGUUCUAUAUCUGAUUAAGGGUUUCAUGUUGCUAUGGCAGGGACCUUUACAACGAGUACAUUAUACAAACACUGAAGCAAUAGGCUCAAAAACGGCUAUUUUCCAUUCAUUCAUGGAGGGAAACUGCAUCAUACUAAAUAAAAGCAUCUUAUCGACCGCGGUUGAAUGAGAAUGAUAGCCCCAUUGAUUACAUUUCUUUUUGUAGUUUCAAAUGAUUAUUAUCAUCAUCAUUAUAAUUAUUUUCAUUGCUCAUUGGAUUAAAAUUUCUUGUGAAAAGAAGUGAUAAAAAAGAAUGUAUAAGUUUUUACUAGAACUAGUAAAAUAUCAAAUUCGCUUACA